AUGGCGCCUCCGAGAGCCCCUCGCAGCAUGGCCUCGCAGCCUGCGCGCGAAACCCGCAAUUCUACGAUUGGGGCGAAGACCUCGCGCGGCGGCGGCAUUCAGAAGCGUCGAGGUGGCAGGACCCAGGUCGACAGAGACGGAGACCUUGAUAUGGGGAGCGCUGCUGGAGGAAGUGGGACACGUCGACCAAACAACAGAGCAGCUUCGGCUGACACCAACAACUCGCGGCCUCAACGACCAACAAGAUCUGGCGGUCCCCCUACAAAGUCAGGCUCAAAAGUGCACCAAGCGAUUGCCCGACACCUGGACACCGGCGAUGGAAAUGACCUGGUAUCAAGGAGGAAGCCACAGAGUUCUGGCCUCGUCUGGCUGACAGUCAAGGGUCUGAAGGAGAGCAAGGCUGCAAGCAAUGACGAUGGUGGUUUGCGGGACCUGCUGAUGUUCCUAGAACGGAAAGCCACCACUCUAUCUGGCCGCAACAAAACGGUGCACAUCAAGAAGUCAAGUAUGAGAGGGGAUCUAGUCAACAUUGCAGCAAGCAAAGAAGAUGCGGAGGAAAUUCUUAAAGUCAACACUUUCACUUUCGCUGGUACGCAGUUGGAGAUCACUGAUAGUGACGGAUCGAUUGCCAAGGCGAACGAAGCAUCCGCCGCAGCGCAGGAGACAAAGCUAAAACUGCAAAGUAUCAUGUCACUCCGCUACGACAUGGAAAACAAGCUUCUGAGGCUGGAUGCGCUGAACCAAGACGAAGGCCUGAUCCAAAUGGGAAUGCUAGAAUCUAAAGACAGAGCUGAGAAGCUGUUCAAGGUCAUGAUGAGGAUUUGCGACGAGCUAUUCAAGACGGCUCAAGCGAAGAUUGAUGCUAUCCACAGCAUCAGCCUGGCCAACAACAACAUCGAUACCGUCGCGCAAGUCGAAGAGAUGGCGGAUACGUUCCCUGACCUCAAGAACCUCGACCUUAGUGGGAAUCAGAUCGCGUCCGUCACAGGGCUGUCAAGAUGGCGACAGAAGCUCAAGAAGCUGGAAACCCUCUACCUAACGGGGAACCCGCUUCCAAUCGCGGAGCCCAAGGUAGUGCUUGAGCUGUUACACUUCUUCCCCAAGCUGCAAGUCCUGAAUGGUGAGCAAUUGACACCGGAACGGAUUGCGGAAAUCAAAGCAGCAGGUCGACCAAAACCGAUCCCCCAACGCGGACCCGAUUUCCGUGACGUUGCCGGCAUUGGAGAGGCGUUCCUGCUGGAGUUCUUCCUGGGGUUCGACACCGACCGCACAGGUCUGCUGGCCAAGUACUACGACGACAACAGCCAGUUCUCUCUGGCCGUCGAUACUCAUUCUGUCAGAGACGAGAACUUGCCACAGCCGUUGCCCUGGGCUUCGUACAUUAAGCAGUCUCGGAAUCUCAUGAAGAUCACGACACCGGCCGCCCGAGCUGCACGACUGAUCACUGGAAGAGAGUCCAUCUGGAACCUCUGGAACGACCUCCCGAAGACACAACACCCCGAUAUCAAGGCAGAUAUCAGCAAGUACAUCAUGGACUGCCAUCUUCUACCUGGUCUCGCCGACCCAACUGGCCAGACACCUGGCGGAGUGGACGGCAUGAUCAUCUCUGUGCACGGCCAAUUCGAAGAAUGCGACAAAUCUGGAAAGACGGGUCUCCGGAGCUUUUCUCGUACAUUUGUUCUGGGACCUGGGCGACCCAACAGCAACCCUAUUCGCGUAGUCAGCGACAUGCUCUCCCUCAGAGCCUUCAACCCGCUCCCUAAUGUCUUCAUUACCGAGGCCCAAGCCCCGUCAGUCCAGGAACAAGAACAACGCCAGGCCAUGAUUGUCGAAUUAUCAAAGCAAACCACCAUGACACCUACGUACUCGGAAAUGUGCUUGUCGGACGUUGCGUGGGACUUCACUAGGGCCUUGGCAGUCUUUCACGAGAAAAAGGCUCAAUUACCAGCCGAAGCCUUCGCCAGCGUCUAG